UACGAGCUGCUUAAUGCAAUUCCUCCUACCUCAAACAUGGUUGAGAGGCUCUUCAGCAUUGCGCGCGCUAUGCUGCGCCAUGAGCGCCACCGCCUCUCCCCCAUGAUGCUAGAGAUGAUCUUGUUCCUCAAGAUCAACAACUCGUACUGGGAUGUUGCGACCGUGGAGCAGUGCCUGUAA